AUGAGGAUUUUACUUCUUUCAUGGCUCUUAUUCAAUUCAUAUUUUGCAGCUUUCUUUUGCAUUAGCAACUUGGUUUUAGUUUCUGGUCGAUGUCAAAGUGAUCAGAAACAGUUGUUGCUAGAAUUGAAUUUGAGCAGCAACUUAAAUUCUACUGCAUUUCCUACCCCAUUAAGAAGGCUGAUGAAAUGGAACCAAACCACGGAUUGUUGUUCCUGGGAUGGUGUAAGCUGCGAUGCUGGUGGUCAUGUCAUCGGUCUUGAUUUGAGUGAUCGAGCAAUUUCAAGUCCAAUUGACAAUUCUAGUAGUCUUUUCCGUCUUCAACAUCUUCAGCAACUCAAUUUGGCUUUUAAUUGGUUUGAGCAAGUUUUUCCUGCUGGAUUUGAUAAGUUGGAGAAUUUGAGUUAUCUUAAUUUGUCUUAUGCUGGCUUUACAGGGCAAAUUCCAAUUGAGAUAUCACACUUGACAAGGUUGGUUACUCUCGAUUUAUCUAUAGAUAGAUAUUCUUCUCCGGAAGAAUCAUUGAAACUUGAGAAGCCAAACUUAAAGAUGCUUGUUCAAAAUCUCACGGGGCUAAGAUUCCUCUAUCUUGAUGGCAUAAAUAUGUCGACUACGGGGAAUAAAUGGUCUCAAGCCUUAUCUCCACUGAUUAAGUUGCAAGUGCUGAGCAUGCGCGCCUGUUAUCUUUCGGGACCUAUACAUUCUUCACUCUCCAAGCUUCGAUCUCUCUCAAUAAUUCGCUUGGACGAAAACAUUUUAUCUGGGUUGGUUCCACAAUUCUUUUCAGAAUUCCCAAACUUGACUACUCUUAGUCUUCUAGACGCUAAUCUCAGUGGAUUCAUACCCAAAACAGUUGAAAAAAUGACACAACUUGUCCAUCUGGAUUUUUCCUGGAACAGGCUUUCUGGUCCAGUACUUCCACCAACUUUGUUUGGCAUUCCAUCGGCGCAGGCACUUGAUCUUUCCCAAAAUCAAUUCAAUGGCACCAUUGGUGGCCUUCAUGUUAAGGCCUCUUCGCUGCUUGAUACCCUUGAUCUUAGGAGCAACAAGUUACAAGGGCAAUUUCCAAUGUUUGUGUUUAAACUCCAUGGUCUCACUUUACUGGAUCUUUCUUCAAACAACUUCAGCGGUUUGAUACCAAUGAGUGCCUUUCAGAACUUGAGGAAUCUUUCGUAUCUUGAUCUCUCAUAUAACAGGUUGUCAAUUGAUGCCAUUACUACUAAUAUUUCCUCACUUUGUUUACCCAAACUUACCAAAUUGUUUUUGGCAUCUUGCAACUUAAUGGAGUUUCCUAAUUUCUUGAAAAAUCAGUCCAGUUUAAUUCAACUAGACCUUUCUAACAACCAAAUUCAUGGGGAAAUGCCCAGUUGGAUUUGGAAAACAGUAUAUUGGGGGCUCUUAAAUCUUUCUGGGAACUUCCUUGUAGAAUUUGAAAGACCUUUGAAUAAUAUAAAUUCUAGUUUUAUUGGUUUGGACCUGCGUGGAAAUCAAUUGGAAGGGCAAAUCCCAAUUCUUCCAUUAGGUGUCAUCUAUCUGGAUUUCUCAAACAACAAAUUCAACUCUGUUUUACCAGCUCACAUUGGUGACUCCCUCCGGUAUGCUAGUUUCGUCUCCAUAUCAAAUAACAACAUUCAUGGGAGUAUCCCUCCGUCGCUGUGUAACAUUACGUAUCCUCGAGUACUUGAUUUGUCUAAUAACUCCUUGAGUGGACCAAUUCCUCAAUGCCUUUUUCAGAUGAACGUGCCGAAUACAGUACUGAAUCUAAGGCAAAACAAUCUCAGUGGCAUCAUUUCUGACACUUUUUCAAAAAGUUGUGAGUUACAAAUUCUGGAUCUGAAUCAAAACCGAUUGGAAGGAAAAGUUCCAAAAUCGUUGGAGAAUUGCAAAAGAAUGGAGGUUUUAGACAUUGGCAACAAUCAGAUCAAUGACUCUUUCCCAUGUCAUUUGAAGAACAUAGCCACAUUGCAUGUCCUUAUUUUACGUUCCAACAAAUUCAAUGGCCACAUUGAUUGUCGCGGAAAUAGUAGUGGAUGGCCAAUGCUUCAGAUUUUUGACUUAGCAUCCAACAAUUUUAGUGGUAAACUGCAUCUGACAUGUUUAGGGAUCUGGGGGGCAAUGCAGCUUAACCCAGAUAAAGACCAAUCAGAGCUCGUAUAUAUCAUAAUUGCAACUUAUCUAAACGAUGUUUUAAGAUAUGAAGAUACAAUAUCAGUUACCAUCCAAAGUUUAGAGUUGAAGCUAGUGAAGAUCUUGCCCGAGUUCACCUCCAUUGACAUUUCAUGCAACAACUUUGAAGGACCAAUACCAAAUGUGAUCGGAACAUUCAAAGCACUUUAUGCCCUCAACUUUUCACAUAAUGCUUUCUCAGGGCCAAUCCCGGCAUUUUUUGGAAACCUGCGACAGCUCGGGUCUGUAGACCUUUCAAGCAACAGUCUACAUGGUGAGAUCCCUUUGCAGCUGGCAAACCUCAAUUUCCUUUCAUUUCUUAACGUCUCAAAUAAUAAGCUGGUGGGUCCAACGAGCACCCAGCUUCAAUCAUUUUCAGAAGCUUCAUUUGAGAACAAUGCUGGAUUGUGUGGACCUCCUUUAAUGGCAACAUGCGGAUUACCACCAGCUAAAACAGACAACCCUUCGGAUGCUAGGAGCACUGUCAACUGGAAUUAUAUAAGUGCUGAGACAGGGUUUUGCUUUGGGUUCGGAAUUUCCAUUACACUUCUUAUCUUUUGGAAGAGAUGGAGGAAAUGGUAUUUUGAGCGCAUGGAUCGUGCUCUUUCCUGGGUUUUCCCUUGUUUGCCUCUUGAAACCAGAAAGCAUGGGAGGAGAGCUACCCGGAACCAAAGGAGGCACUAGCAAAGAGUAGGGACUAGGUUAAAAGAAGUCGUCUUCGUUGUAUUUUCUAGUUUUUGUAUGCUUUUAUUUUCCUUGUAAUAAGAUUAUCCUGUUUCUUUUGGAUUAAAUAAUAAUGUCUUCCAGCUA